GCCGCGCUCCGGCAUUUGUUGUGGUUCGACUAAAGAAAGUGCACUGGACUAGAUAGCUGACUGAGAUGCACCCAGAGAUUAAGUUUGUAUUAUAGCUUUCUUAUUUAUUUUUCUGUUAAUUUUUUUUUUCUCAUCUUAAACACAGAAAAAGUCUUGCUGAAGCGACUGAGAUCUGUGUGACGCUGUUAUAAAGAUGGCGUUUAUUAAAGAAGAGCGUGAAGACGUAAAGAUUGAAGACAUACAGAGUGAAGAUGUGAACAUUGAAAACAUGAAGACUGAAGACGUGAAGAUUGAAGACAUACAGAGUGAAGAUGUGAACAUUGAAAACGUGAAGAUUGAAGAAACAUUCAAAAUGAAGUUUGAAGAUAGUGAUGAUGAUGAUGGAUUAGACCUGAUGGCAAUAAUAGAGGAGAUUCAAAAGCAGUAUAAGAAACAGGAGCAAGAUCAAUGUAAGGAUCAUGAUUUCAGUACUGGAGAAAAAACUGAAGAGACUUCCCCACAAACAAAAGCUAAGGAGCCUCGAAUUAAACAUCGUCUCAUCUGUUCAGAGUGUGGGAAGUCUUUCAGUCAUCGAAGCGGCCUUAGAAUGCACAUGAGGAUUCACACUGGAGAGAAGCCUUUCACCUGCCCUCAAUGUGGAAAACGUUUCUCUCAACAAGGAAACUUUCAAUCACACAUGAGAGUUCACACCGGAGAGAAGCCUUUCAGCUGUGACCUGUGUGGAAAGAGCGUCACAACACAACAAAAACUUAACUAUCACAUGAACCGUCAUGUCAGUACGAAAGAGUAGGAAAAUAAUCUACUCAAGUAAAAGUUCCAUUACAUUAAUGAAAUUUUACUCAAGUAAAAGUAAAAAGUAGCUUAUUUAAAAUUUACUCAGAUUAAACAUUACUUUUUACAGGGUUCCUACGGGGUUUGGAAAAGUAUGGAAAAAAGAAAGCAGAUUAUGGAAAAAUAUGUGUUUUCAGACUUUUGCCCCUAUUUAAUUUUUUUUAUAAUAGAAAAUUCUGAAUUUAGUGAAAAUAAAUGUAUCAUACAAGACGUGAGGUUUCAUGGCAGCUGUUUAGUGACUCUUUCAGGGUUCGUACAGGUGCUCGAAAUCCUUGAAAAUUAUAAAAUAAUGUAAAGUCUCCUGUAAAUUCUGCUUUUUUUCAUGGGAGAGUCUGCGCUUUCAAGUCGUGUAAAAGGUAAGCAAAAAUGCCCUUGCUCAGUUAAAUUAAAUAUGUUAAGGCCGUCACGAUUAAAGUGAAAAAAUAAAAUAUACAUUUCAAAGUCAAAAUGCAGGGUGGGUGUUUUUAAUAUUAAUUUAUUUCUGAAGUGAACCGACUGUCUUGGCAUUUUCGUUCCAUCUCAUCGACGUACAGUAUAAUGUCUGAAAGCAUCAUUUAUGAGCACAGCGCUGCUUUGUGUAGUGCCACCUAGUGGCAGACAGAACCUCAUAUUUUAGCCUUUAAACUAUUUUUAAGAAAUAAAGGAAAGGGAUGAGUCAAAAGUGUAAAGAAUUAUUUUAAUUUAAAGCACACAAGACGUCUUAUUGUUUAAAUGUUUUAGAUUUUUGAAGGCACAACCUUUUUGUUCUGAGCAAAAACAGCAGGCAGGCUUAUUGAAAGUGCAAAUUAAUCCUCUGCUAACAAAGCUGCUGAAAAACAAUCAUUCUUUAUACUUCUGACUCAUCCCUUUUCAUUAUUUCUUAAAAAUAUUUUAAAGGCUGAAAUGUUAAGUUUGUCACUUUAUAAAACUCUGUUUGUGAAAACCUGUAUUUGAACUGCAAAUCAUGUUUUUUGCAGUCUUUUUAUGGUUUAAUAUGUUACCAUAGACAUUGCCCUUCCCUGCUCAUAUAGUAUUUAUUUGAUUUGUGCAGGUCUUAAAAAGCCUUACAUUUUAUUUGAAAAAUCCUGGUGGUACCCUGUGAAUUAUUUCUUUCUUUUUUAUUUUAUAAUUUAUAUACUUUAUGUUGGCUAUUUAUAUUAUGCAAUGCUAUAUGCGAUCCAGACCGGUGGUUUUUAAUAGCACAAUAACAUUUGAUUUAAAGUGAAAAAUUCAAGUGUGUGUGUGUGUGUAAACAUGUAAUUUACCAGUUUAAAGUGCUGGAAAAUCUUGAAAAUGCACAUUGAAAGUGCUUGAAUUUUGCAUGAGACGCUGCAAGAGACGCGUGUGCAACAGUCAAACACAUCCACGUUCACACAGAAUAAACAAUGGAAAAGCAGCGCAAUCGAAUAAAAAACCUGUAAAGAA